CUGUUGGGUCUGCUUGACCAACGCAGGCGCACGUGGUCUUUUUUUUUGUAGCUGGUCUGUGUAAUAAUAAAUAAAUAAAUAUGAAAGUCAAAAGAGUGAGAAAAGCAAAAAAAAAUUUAUCGUUUUAUAUUAAUUUUUACAAAUUUCGAAAACCUUUUCAAGUACUAAUUGACGGGACAUUCUGUCAUGCGGCAUUGCAGAAUAAAACAAAUAUCAAUGAACAAUUGCCGAAAUAUUUUCAAGCGGAAGUUAAAUUGUUGACGACGACAUGCGUUAUCACGGAAAUCGAGAAACUGGGGCAUGAAGUUUACGGAGCUUUGAUGGUCCUGAAAAAAUUCGGGUUACACAAGUGCCCUCAUGGAAAGACACCAACUUCUGGAGCUAAAUGUCUGCUGUCUAUGGUCAAAGACAAUAAUCCUUCAAGAUAUAUAGUAGCGACACAAGACAUGAGACUACAAACAAAAUUAAAAAAUCUUCCUGGAGUUCCUGUAAUGUAUUUGCAUGGCCCGGCGCCGAUUCUAGCACCGCCGUCGGAGGCAGACAAAGAAAGAGCUAAGGCCACAGUGAAAGUCAGCACAAGUGUUCAGGAAGAAACGCUGAAAGAACUCAAAGAAUCUUUGGAAAAGAAAGGAGAGCUGCCGCCGACAGUUACUAAACCAACUGGAGAAUUCGUUAAAGUCAAGCGGAAAAAAGGCCCAAAUCCUCUGAGCUGCAAGAAGAAGCAGAAGAAACCAGCUCUUACUCAGCCUACGCAAAAUUCUGGAAAAGUCAGAAAACGCAAACGAGUCAAAAUAUCCGCACACAUUAAAGAAGCCCUCAAACAAACAAUGCAAAAAUAAUUAUAAUAUUAAUUAAGUACUAAAAUAAAUUCGAUAAAAUUUAUAAGAAACUGGAUUAUUAUUUAUUAAUAUAAUACAUAAUAAUACAUGUCUUUAUUUAAAUUUCUUAUGAUAAAAAGAAAAAAUAUUAACUUCUUAUCUUACUCUUAAUUAGUCAUAAAGUAUCAAUAUCUUAAUUAAAUAAUUAUAUAGUUUAUCUCUGAAGGAGUUGGAAAUUCUAAACUGUCAACAAAAAAAAAAGGAAAAGUCUAGACGAUAUGGGAGAAAAAAACAAAAUAAUUUCAAGUGAAAGUAAUAAUUAAUAAUUAUUAAAUAUAACGUAUGAUUGCAAUGAGUUGGGUCACUUGAAUUAUUGCGCUGUCUAAAAGCUUAAAAAAGUUCAAAAUAAAGUACUUUACAGCGGGACUCAAAUAAAAAAUAAUCUUGAAAAAAAAAAAAA